AUGGGGGAGGUGGAGUUGGAGUGGCCAGAGAAGUUGGAGUGGACUGACAGAUGGAAUGCCUUCUCUUCCCAGACGUCCCGGAAGAGCUCUGAGGACGAGCCUGGAGUCUUGUCCACUCAGAGCUUCUUGGAGGAGGAUGACAUGGGGCCCCUGUCCCCACAACUACAGGCUACCAGUUCAAGGGCCAACGAGCCCCUCAGCAGCCGUGACUGCUCCCCUGGGUCCCUGGUGGAUGUGCCCUUCUUCCCGUAUGUGCCCUUCUUCCGCACCUAUGGACAGCUCCUGGCCGAGGAGAAGUGGGCCCCGCAGCCGGAAGCACAGUUCUGGGAGGACUUAGAACCACCCAGCGGGUACUUCCCUUACUACCGCUCCAAGGAGGAGAAUUUUCCCAGCCUUUUGCGUGGGGGCUUCCAAGACCCACCCACCAGGAAGGAGGUGCAGGCUGGAUGCUUCUGCAGGAAGACAGUGAGCAUUGGGAGCUCUGCUGCCUCAGCAGGCCCAGACCUCGUCUCUGCGCUGCCCCUGCUGACCUGCUGCCCCAUCCUGCUGGUCUCAGCAGGGCACUCCCAGGACAGUGGCCUGGACGCCCCUCUCUGCAGUGAUGCUGCCCUCCGUGGCCACGCCCCAUAUGCCUCAGGAUACGUGCCUUACUACAGAACCCCCGAGGAGGGGCUACACACUAGCCCUGGGCCUCCUGCUUCUCCGUCGGGGGGUCCAGGAGCCCACAGGGUGGCUGCCACACUGUGA